AUGGCCCAUACUCCAUGGCCAGCUAACUUCCUUGUUGCCUAUGAUACAUUAUCAGACAUUUACAGGCAUGCUUAUCACAUUCUGAAACACGAGGAUGCAGACCCUCUUCAGCUCACAUAUCAUUUAGAAGCCAUAACAGCUGAUGCUAUACCAUUACUCGAAGCAUUUGAAGUUGAUCCUCGAGGAUUGGAAGUGUGGGACUGGCUAUCUGAUGCAGCUACUUUACUGGGGAACUUGUCUGUCCAACUAUCGUCAUUUCGACAAAAUAUUGAGACUCGGGUGGAUGGUGAUAUUGUAUUUGCCAAACCUGUGACCUUGUCAUGA